GAGGGGAGUGCCCAGUCUGCUGUUUUAAAAUAACCAGAGCAGCAGAAAGUAUGGUCUAGAAGUUCUGUGCGUUAGCGAUAUGACGCCGGGCUCUAGCUAAAGGGCUGCAUCUCAAUAGUCUCCUGUGCGCUUCAUCAAACAGGUAAAGUUCCUUUUUAAACAGACAACUAAAGGGACAUUUGAGUAAUAUCCGUUAUGCAUAGGUAAUCUCCGUUUGCUGCAGUAAUUACGCAGUCACAACAAAACUGUCUUGCCGCAGCAGUGAAAGAGUCAAAUAUGGAUUUUUUUGUUUCAGUGGGCGUGUUUUCAUCCAGAUAACUGGACUGGGAGAGGAGCAGAGUCUUCUGUCGAGCACUUCUCCUGUACCUACGUGUGCUUUCCAUUGAAGGGCUCCCACUCGGCGAUAAUAAACAUUUAGCUUUAGUUAAAUCUCAUUCAGAAGAUGCGACACGCAGACGGGCGGUGAACGAGCCAGCGUGGCAACGACGUGCGUUCAAACACGCUAAAAGUUGUUUUUUUUAUUAUUCAAAGUUGCCUUUUUAGUGAUAAUUUGUUUCAGAAGAUACUACUAUGCAAACCGACAAAUCGGAGCCGAGUGAACCCAAGGGCGCAGAGAGUCCGACGACAGGAGACACCGAGAAGACGGGACUGGACACCCAGGUGAAAGAAGCUCCCAAACCGAAGGGCAUAAGUGCAGUGGCCGUGCUCUGGACGUUUGGGAAAUGUCUGGGCGCCUUGUUGCCCGUUUACCUGGCUGGUUACUACCGCGUCAGCACCGGUCUGCUGGUGUGCGGCAUGAUGGUCUACACGGGAUGGAAACAUGCCCGAGAAGCCAAGGAGGCGCGCCUGAAGUCAGCCAUAUAUUUCGACAACGACCAGGAGUUCACGUCCACGGGGGUGUCCAAAAUCAAACGGGACCUUCCCGCAUGGGUCAACUUUCCAGAUGUUGAGAAGGUCGAGUGGCUAAAUAAGGUGCUGCAGCAGGUGUGGCCCUUUGUUGGCCAAUACAUGGAGAAGCUGCUGGUGGAAACCAUCGCCCCGUCCAUCCGAGCCUCAAGCACCCACCUCCAGACCCUCAGCUUCACAAAAGUGGACAUGGGAAACAAGGCCAUGAAGGUCGUAGGGAUCAAGGCACACACAGAGAAUGAAAAGGGACAAGUGUUGCUUGAUCUCUAUAUCAGCUAUGUCGGUAACGUAGAGAUCAACGUUGAGGUGAAAAGAUACUUCUGCAAAGCUGGAGUCAAAGGAAUACAGCUACAGGGGAUGAUGAGGGUGAUUCUGGAGCCGCUGAUUGGGGACGUCCCCAUUGUGGGUGCGGUCACCAUGUUUUUCAUCCGGAGGCCCCAACUAGACAUCAAUUGGACUGGACUGACUAAUUUGUUGGACAUCCCUGGACUGAAUGUCAUGUCAGACAGCAUGAUUAUGGAUGCCAUUGCCUCCUUCUUGGUUUUACCAAACCGCCUCGUUGUCCCCCUGGUUCCUGGUCUGCAUGUGGCUCAGCUACGUUCUCCUUUGCCCAGGGGUGUGGUACGCAUCCACCUAUUGGAGGCACAGAAUCUAGCAGCAAAAGACAAUUAUGUGAAAGGGGUCAUGGCUGGCUUGUCUGACCCCUAUGCCAUACUGAGGGUGGGCCCUCAGACCUUCACCUCCCGACACAUUGACAACACAGAUGCUCCUAAAUGGGGAGAAAUGUACGAGGUUAUAGUCCAUGAAGUGCCUGGUCAGGAGUUGGAGGUGGAGGUAUAUGACAAAGACCCAGACCAGGAUGACUUCCUGGGCAGGACUAAAUUGGAUUUGGGCAUUGUGAAGAAAUCCAUAGCUGUCGAUGAUUGGUUCACUUUGAAAGACACUAAGUCCGGACGGGUUCAUUUGAGACUGGAGUGGUUGGCCUUGCUGCCCAGCACCGAUCAACUAGAGCAGAUCCUAAAGAGGAAUGAGAGUGUGACGGUUAAGACUGAAGAUCCACCUUCUUCUGCCAUUUUGGUUGUAUAUCUGGACAAGGCAGAGGCGCUUCCUAUGAAGAAGGGAAACAAAGAGCCCAGUCCCAUGGUGCAGCUGUCUGUGCAGGACAUCACUAAAGAGAGCAAGACUUGUCUCACAACUGUUAAUCCAGAAUGGGCAGAAGCUUUCACCUUCUUCAUCCACGAUCCUCGCAAGCAGGACAUAGCCAUUCAGGUGAAGGAUGCUGACCGUGUGCAGACGUUGGGCACUCUGACCAUCCCAGUGUCCCGUCUGCUGUCCAGUGCCAGUCUUUCUCUGGACCAGUGGUUCCAGUUGGACAACUCUGGAUCUGCCAGUCGCAUCUAUAUCAAUACAGUUCUCAGGGUCCUGUGGUUAGAUGAGGAACAUAUUGCAUCUGGUGUGUCAUCUAAUAUGGCGGCUGGACUGUCCGAAGAGCUGCCCCAGCAGACCUCUCCUCAUCCUAGCUUUGCCACAGAGGGGUUGCUCAGAAUUCACCUGCUGGCGGGCCAGAAUCUUGUUCCGAAAGAUAACUUGAUGGGAGGAAUGGUAAAAGGCAAGAGUGACCCCUAUGCCAAGAUCAACAUGGGGGGCGAAACAUUCACCAGUCAUGUUGUCCAGGGCAAUCUCAACCCCACCUGGAAUGAGAUGUAUGAGGUGAUUUUAACCCAGCUGCCAGGGCAGGAGCUGCAUGUGGAGGUGUUUGAUAAAGACAUGGACAUGAAGGAUGACUUCAUGGGCAGGCUGAAGAUCAAUCUAAAGGACAUCAUAGAUUCUCAGUACACUGAUCAGUGGUACACCCUCAGUGAUGUGAGGUGUGGGCGACUUCACCUGGUACUGGAAUGGGUUCCAACAGUUUCACAGUCAGACAGAUUGGAAGACGUGCUUCAGUUCAUUUCCAAGCAGUCCUACCAGAACAAGGCAGUGCCCUCAGCCGGGCUACUGUUUGUUUAUAUCGAACAAGCAGAUGGCUUACCAGUGAAGAAGAGUGGAAAAGAUCCAAAAGUGGGAGCAGAGAUUACUCUUGGAGAAACAUCUCGCAAAACUACAGUGUGUGAUCGCACCACAUCACCUCAGUGGAAUGAGGCAUUCUGCUUCCAGGUUCGAGACCCCAGAAAAGAUAGUCUUGUGGUUAAGCUCUCCCACAGCUGGACCCUCCCAAUUGGUUCCCUGGUGGUUCCUGUUAGAGAGCUGCUGUCUGAACCAGACCUGGUCCUGGACCAGUGGUUCCAUCUGGAUGGAGCCUCACCUGAGAGUCAGGUUCUUUUAAGGGCUGAACUAAAGAUGCUGAUUUCUAGCAAAUGUCCUGGUGCCCCUGAAAAGGCUAAGGUCACUUUAGUGUCCGACCCCUCCCCUGCUCAGCUUAAACAAGUGACAGACACAGUGAUGAGGUCAAGCUCAGUGGACACACCUCCUGUGGAGACAGUUGUCUCCUCAGUGAGUUUGCAUAAGGAUGCUGAUGUAAAGGAAAAAGCAGGUGAUGUGACUGAAGAGAAGCUGGAAGAAUCACCAAGCCCUGCUAUAACACGUCCUGCUCAUACCUCCCCAGACCUCAGCUUUGCCAGUGAGGGGCUGCUGAGAAUCAUCCUGUUGGAGGCCCAGAGUCUGGUUGCUAAAGACAACAUGAUGAGUGGACUGGUGAAGGGCAAGAGUGACCCCUAUGGCAAGAUCAGUGUUGGAGAGGUCACGUUUAGGAGUAAUGUGAUCAAGGAGAAUCUCAACCCUGUCUGGAAUGAGAUGUAUGAGGUGGUGCUGAGGCCUCAGCCAGGACAAGAGGUACAAGUAGAGCUGUUUGACAAAGACAUGGACAAGGAUGACUUCUUGGGCAGAUUCAAAAUCAGCAUGGCAGACAUCAUCCGUUCUCAGUACACAGACCAAUGGUACACCUUGAAUGAAGUGAAAUCUGGGCGUGUUCGCCUGAUACUGGAGUGGGUUCCUGAAGUGUCUCAUAAUGACACCCUGGACCAAGUAAUGCAGAUGCAGUCUCUCCAGUGUUACCAGAACAAGGCUGUUCCCUCUGCAGCUCUGCUCUUUGUCUAUGUAGACAGAGCACACUCAUUGCCUUUUAAGAAAAGUGGAAGUGAGCCCAAGGCUGGGGCUGAGCUUGCAUUUGGUAAAACAACCUACAAAACCAAGGUGUGUGAUCGAUCCAGAUCACCUCAGUGGAAGGAAGCAUUCUACUUUUUGGUUCGGGACCCUAGAGAGGAGAUGCUCAUAGUGAAGUUGUCCAGUGCGUGGGACCAGCCAAUGGGGUCUCUGGUGCUUCCUGUGAGAGAGCUGCUCUCUGAGCCACAGUUGGUUCUGGACCAGUGGAUGCAUCUGGAUGGAGCUUUACCUGAAAGUGAGAUCUUACUGAGGGCGGAACUCAAGAUCCUUAAUUCAAGGAUGACUGAAGCUCCACAGCCAUCUGUAACUGGUUCAAAGAAAGAGGAACUGGUUACCAUCACUGACAAAACAUCUAAAGCAGCUAGUGAGGAGGAAAAACACUCACAGCUGCCAACACAUGAGUCUGUUGCAGCAGCCAGCAAAUCUACACCCGCUGAGCCAUCUGCCAUUCACACUGCGUCUGAUACAUUCCCUGCUGCUGCACUGUUGAAAGAACCAACAGAUGCAGAAGAGCAUCCCACACAGUCGAACAAAGCAGUGAAAGGAGACACUGAACCACAGCAAAUACAAACAAAGUGUGGCGGGCUAGAUGACCUCACCCACGCCACGGAGCUCAAAGAAAUCCCCAAAGCUGGUGAAGUUCUUCCACCACACACCAAGCCCAGCCAGGACUUUGGUAAAGAGGGGCUGCUGAGGAUUCACCUGCUGGAGGCCCAGAAACUGGUUGCCAAGGACAACCUGAUGGGUGGCAUGGUGAAGGGCAAGAGUGACCCCUACGUCAAGAUCAGCAUAGGGGGGGUUACAUUUAAGAGUCGCAUUAUCAAAGAGAAUCUCAACCCAACAUGGAAUGAAAUGUAUGAGCUGGUUUUGAGUGAGCACAGCGUCCAGGAGAUCAAGUUUGAAGCCUUUGAUAAGGAUAUAGAUUCGGAUGACUUCCUUGGCAGAUUCAGCAUUAAGCUAAAUGAGGUCAUCAGAUCACAGUACACGGAUCAGUGGUACACUCUAAAUGAUGUGAAGUCCGGACAGGUUCACUUGAUACUGGAAUGGGUUCCUAAAGUGUCAAGUUCAGCAAGACUUGACCAGGUACUGCAGCUUCAGACUCUCCAGUCGUAUCAGAACAAAGCUGUCCCCACUGCUGCUCUGCUCUUUGUGCAUUUGGAGAGAGCACAUUCAUUACCUUUGAAAAAAAGUGGUAAGGAGCCCAAAGCAGGAGCUAAGCUUAUUCUUGGUGAAACAACAUACAAAACCAAAAUGUGCGACCGCAGCAACAGCCCUCAGUGGAAUGAGUGGUUCUACUUCCUGGUCCGUGACCCUAAACAUCAGAUGCUUCUAGUAAAGUUGUCGAGUGGCUGGGUCCAGCCAAUAGGAAAUUUGGUUCUUCCUGUCAAGGAGCUGCUUGCCAAGCCACAGCUAGUCCUGGACCAGUGGUUGGAUCUGGACGGAGCUUCUCCUGAGAGCCAGAUCCUGCUGAGGGCUGAGCUCAAGAUUCUGAAUUCCAAAAUGGUGGAUAUGAUCAGUGCCGGGACUCUGCCCUGUGCUGCCUCUGCUGGAAAUGGGCAGGUGAAGCUGUCUCUCUCAUAUGCCUCGCAAGAGAGAAAGCUCAUUAUCAUCGUCCACGCCUGCAGAAGUCUUUUGUCUCAAAGUAAAGAUGGUGUCGACAGCUACGUCUCGCUCUUGCUGCUGCCAGACAAAACCAAGGCCACCAAGAAGAAGACAGCAGUGAAGAAAAGAGACCUCAACCCAGAAUACAAUGAGAGGUUUGAGUAUGACCUGCCUAUGGAGGAGACAAGAUUCAAAUGCCUCAGUGUUUCAGUGAAGAAUAACUCGUCCUCGUUCAGGGGCCGCGACAUUAUUGGGCAGGUGCAGAUUGAGUUGGCUGAGGUUGACCUGAUUUCUGGUGUCACAGAAUGGUUCACUCUGAAAGACGAAGCUGAAUAGUCGCUCUGCUCGCUGUUGCCGUAUAGUGAUAAAGAUGUCAUCACUCAACUCAGCAUUACAGUAUGUCUUUGCUGCAAGUCACACUGAUGCCUUCUCCUUCCCAUCUCUGCUUGGUGUCGCUGUGGCAGCCUUACCUGCACCCGCCCAGCUUUGUCUAUCAACAUAUAUAGAAAAGAGCUGCACUAUACGUACAUAGAUCAGUACUCUCACCAAAGAUUAGUUGGCUGAAGUAUACGAGUUGUCAAGGACAAAGUGCAAGUUAGUAUUGACUUAAGGUUUCUUUAUAAUAUGAAGAAAUAUAAGAUUGAGUGGAACAAGUGAAAGAUGUAUACAUUGAAGCCAUUAUUUUAUUACUCAUAUCUUGCUAAUGCCAUUUAAGUAUGUUGGAUCUGUUGUAUUACAGGCUUACAUUGAAGUUAUUUUAUAUUUCACACAAUUACCCUGUAUUGUGUUUGACAGUGCACUGAAAAUUAUCACAAGAUUUGUUUCUCUGUUAGUACUAGACUUGUUUUUGUUACACCUAUUCACAAUUAGAUCAGUUGAAUUCUGUGUGUAUAUUUGCAAAAAUUAUAAAUCAGAUGGGAUACUGCGUGUUG